AUGGCCGUCGCCCUGCUGGUCGCCGUGCCCCUGCUGCUGCUGCAGGCGCCCGCCGAGAGCGGGGCCCACUACGAGAUGAUGGGCACCUGCCGCAUGAUCUGCGACCCGUACAGCGGCGGGCGGCCGCCCGGUCCCGGCAGCACCGCCGCCGUGGAGGCCCUGCAGGACCUGGGCGCCAAUCCCCCGCCACCCUUCGUCCAGGGACCCAAGGGGGAGCCGGGCCGGCCGGGCAAGCCGGGCCCCCGCGGCCCCCCCGGGGAGCCGGGCCCGCCGGGGCCGCGGGGCCCGCCGGGCGAGCGGGGCGACGCGGGGAAGCCGGGGCUGCCCGGACUGGCGCUGGCGGGCGCGGGCGGCGGCGGGAGCGGCGGCGGGGCGGCGGCGGCGGGCGGCGAGGCGGCGGGCGGGCUGAGCGCCGCCUUCAGCGGGCCGCGCAUCGCCUUCUAUGUGGGGCUGAAGAGCCCUCACGAAGGCUACGAGGUCCUCAAGUUCGACGACGUGGUGACCAACCUGGGAAACCACUACGACCCGACCAGCGGCAAGUUCACCUGCCAGGUGCGCGGCAUCUACUUCUUCACGUACCACAUCCUCAUGCGCGGCGGCGACGGCACCAGCAUGUGGGCCGACCUCUGCAAGAACGGACAGGUGCGGGCCAGUGCCAUUGCCCAGGAUGCGGACCAGAACUACGACUACGCCAGCAACAGCGUGGUGCUGCACCUGGACUCCGGCGACGAGGUGUACGUCAAGCUGGAUGGAGGCAAAGCGCAUGGGGGCAACAACAACAAGUACAGCACUUUCUCUGGCUUUCUUUUAUACCCCGAUUAA